GUCAGCCAGAACAGUGCUUAAUCAUCUUGUGUGUCGUACAGUCGUUCUCUCCAUUCCGCUCUCGUGCGAUAUAAGAGCUCUCCUGGUACCAUCUUCUAGAACGUUUGCGCUACCUGCAUAAGAAAAGGACAUUCAAAUUACAAACUGGUGCAUUCAUCCGGGAGGAAUAAAAAGAACCAAGCUAUGGCUGCAGAAUUAAAUGUCUUAUCGCCAAAUGUGCAAUAUAGUGAAAAUUAUAUCGAAGCAAACUAUCAGUACCAGACUACAUCGGUUGUAAGCAGUGGACCGGCUGGGUUUACGGUCCGGCCAGAGACAACUGAGCUUAGCAUUCGCACGAAUCGGCGCGUUCCACAUCUUGGACUCAUGCUCGUCGGAUGGGGGGGUAAUAAUGGAUCAACCUUGACUGCCGCUUUGGAAGCCAAUAAGUGUGGAUUGGAGUGGAGAACUCGCACUGGCACACAAAAGGCCAACUGGUAUGGCUCGAUUACGCAGGCAUCAACUGUUCUACUGGGGACGGAUGUAUCGGGACAAGACGUUCAUAUUCCGAUGAAUAAACUGGUGCCAAUGGUUAAACCGGACAAUAUCGUUGUCGAUGGAUGGGACAUUAGUGCGAUGAACAUUGGCGAUGCGAUGACUCGGGCUAAAGUAUUAGACGUUUCGCUUCAAGAGCAGGUCUACAAAAAGUUAUCUCAACUGAAGCCUCGCCCAUCCAUAUAUGAUCCCGAUUUUAUUGCGGCAAACCAGGCCGAUCGUGCCGACAACACAAUUCCUGGGACUCGUUACGAACAGUAUUUGCAAAUAAUUCAAGAUAUUCGUGAGUUCAAGAAAAAUUCUGGCGUAGAAAAAGUUGUUAUUUUGUGGACUGCCAAUACCGAACGCUUUGCUGAAAUUAAGACAGGAUUGAACACUACGAUGGCCGAGUUAGAGGAAUCCCUGAAGGCAAACAAAUCAGAGAUCUCACCAUCAACUAUUUUCGCAAUGGCUGCUAUCAAUGAAGGCUGUAUAUAUAUAAACGGUUCUCCUCAAAAUACGUUUGUACCUGGAGUUAUUGAGUUGGCAGAUCAUCACGGAGCAUUCAUCGCGGGCGAUGAUUUCAAAUCCGGCCAAACUAAGUUAAAGUCUGUACUCGUUGACUUCCUGGUGUCUGCUGGUAUCAAACCGGUUUCUAUUGUUAGUUACAAUCAUCUCGGCAACAAUGAUGGAAAGAAUCUUUCAGCACCACAACAAUUUCGAUCGAAAGAAAUUUCUAAAAGUAAUGUUGUUGAUGACAUGGUAGCAUCUAAUAACAUUUUGUAUAAACCAGGUGAACAUCCCGAUCAUUGUGUGGUUAUCAAAUACGUACCAUAUGUUGGUGACAGUAAACGAGCUAUGGACGAAUACACUAGCCAAAUUAUGCUAGGUGGUCACAACACCUUGGUAAUUCAUAAUACUUGUGAAGACUCGUUGUUAGCCUCGCCACUGAUUUUAGAUUUGGCUAUACUGGGAGAACUUUGUUCUCGAAUUCAAAUCAAAAACAAAAAUGAAACAAACGCUGAGUACAAACCUUUCCGAUCGGUACUAUCACUGCUUAGUUACCUUUGCAAGGCUCCUCUUGUACCGGAAGGAACUCCAGUCGUCAAUUCACUCUUUCGUCAGCGUUCUGCAAUCGAAAACAUUCUUCGAGCAUGCGUCGGGUUGCCACCGCUUAGUCACAUGGCCAUAGAACAUCGAUUCAACUUGAAAGUGUCUUCUAUGGAGCCCCCAGCAAAAAAGAGUAAAAUUUCUAAUGGUUCGAUGAGCAGCAUUUCGAAUGGAAAUCAGCAAUCAAACUGUAAAACCUUUUCUAAUGGAAAUGGCGUACACGAAGCAACUGAAUGUUGAAAAAUCAUUUAUAGUCAAAAAAUCUACGUUCCACGAUGGUAACCGAGUUACACUUAAUGUCAUAAUUGCACUUGCUCAUAAAAUCCCCUUUUUGAUGAUGAUUCACAAGUAUCUAACAAAUUAUUUUGUUGGGCUUAGUAAUAUAUUCAAGAUUUGUCUUAGUAAUAUAUUCAAGAUAUAUUCUAGAUAUGUCUACAAGCCAAAAUCUCGAAUUUAAUAAUAAGGUCAGCGUCAACCUAUAGUUUUAACCGUCCAUGAGGAAUAUUCAAGAUAUAAUGGAAUUUCGACAGCAAAGUAGUAUCCGUGCUAUCAGAGAAGAUAUUAGGUUGACGAUUGAUCAGAACAAAGCAACGCAAUCAAUGUAAAUCGCAGAUAAAAAAAUUCAGUAUCCGAUACACUUGCUAUAUGUGUAUGAAAUGUAUAAAUGUACACAAAUAAACAAUUUAUCGACAAAAAAAAACAGUAGAA